AUGAUGGGGAAUACAUUCGCCGCAAUGCUUGCCCGAACCCCGCAAUGCAACGGCGGGUUUGAUCCCGACGAUAUCGAGGGAGAGGUUGCUAUCGUCAAGAAAAACGGUGUGACAAAGACAUUAAACGGAGCCGAAUAUCGUUAUGGAUUGGGUAAUACGUUGCUUUGAUA